UUUUCUCUUCUUUUUUUUUUUUUUUUUUUAGAUAGUGUCUCACUCUGUCACCCAGGCUGUAGCGCAGUGGUGCAAUCAUAGCUCACUGCAGCCUUAAACUCUUGGGCUCAAGUGAUCCUCCUGUCUUAGUCUCCCAAUUUGCUAGGAUUACAAAUGUGAACCACCACACCUGGCCUCCCUGCUAAUUUCUAACACUAAUAAAUUCUCACCUCUUCUGCUUCUAGAGCUCUGCUAUGUUGCCCACCCGGUGGUGGUUCCAGGCCACAGUGACCCCAACUGGAGACUUUUUAUUCGAUUUCUACAAGAAAAACCCAUAUCAAGCCUGAGUCUGACAGGCUUUACUGGACACAUUGGGCCAGGGAAAGUGUCACAAUACUUAGUCCAUAUCCUCCUACCACCUUUCAAGUUUCUUCUCUCUUUUACCCGCCCCUUCUCUGAGUGCCGAAACUCCAAUUUUUGUACUUCUAUGCAAACCAAUUUCACCACCCAGGUGAAUUUGCUCGCACUCCCCAAAUUUUGUUACUGGACUCUUUCCUUUGCAAGGGAUAAGAAUUUAGCCCAAGCCAGCUUAGGGCAAAAGGAAACUUUUGGCUGUGAGUGGUGGCUCACGCCUGGAAUACCAGUACUUUGGGAGGCCAAGGCGGGCGGAUCACGAGGUCAAGAGAUUGAGACCAUCCUGGCCAACAUGGUAAAACCCCAUCUCUACUAAAAAUACAAAAAUUAGCCAGGCGUGGUGGCGCACAUUGGUAGUCCCGGCUACUCCGGAGGCUGAGGCAGGAGAAUCGCUUGAACCCGGGAAGUGGAGGUUGCAGUGAACUGAGAUGGCGCCACUGCACUCCAGCCUGGUAACAGAGUGAGACUUUGUCUUAAAAAAAACAAAAAAAACUUUUUUAGCUCACAGAAUCAAAGGACAGACUUAAUCAAACUGCAGGAAGAGAGGGAUUUAAAUGGAACCAGGGAAUUAACCCUGCUUUUCUCAUUGCCUGCUGGCAACAAGUCCCAAUUCUUAUCUUUUAGUGUUCACGCACCGGAAAGAUGCAGUCUUAAAUUUCUUAUGGUUCAAAGCUCAAAAAUGCUGGUAAGGCUGGGCGCAGUGGCUCACACCUGUAAUCCCAGCACUCUGGACGGCCGAGGUGGGCGGAUCACCUGAGGUUAGGAGUUCGAGACCAGCCUGGCCAACAUGGUGAAACCCCGUCUCAACUAAAAACACAAAAAUCAGCGGGGCGUCAUGGCAGGUGCCUGUAAUCCCAGCUACUCGGGAGGCUGAGGCAGGGGAAUCGCUUGAACCCGGGAGGUGGAGGUUGCAGUGAGCCUAGAUCUUGCCACUGCACUCCAGCCUGGGUGACUGAGUGAGACUCCGUCUGAAAAAACAAAAACAAAACAAUAAACCCUCCCAACCCGCCAAAAUGCUGGUUAAGGAUUCUAAAUGGCUCAACUUGGCCAGCUGUCUAUCCCUGAACUGCCUAUGCUGUACAUGUUCCUAUAACAGCACCUCCCAGGGAAACCAGAGGGGCUGUUUCCAGGUAAAAGGAGGAAUUUCACCAUAGACAUAAUACUUUGGAAUAGUUUUGGCUAUCCUUAAGUAAAACACGGGAUGACUAUUUCUCUAAUUUCCACACUAGUAGUUUAAACAAAGUAGUCAUCAGACCACAGAGGAGGGGGCAAUAAAUACUGCCUGCCAGGUAACUCGGAGGAAUACUUUCACAGAGGCCUCAUAAGGUUAGCAUUUAGCAUUGUGUGUGAUGUGUGUCAAACCAAGAGGGGAUUCAGGGAGACUUCCAGGCUUGAGCAAAUGGACAAAUAUACCUCCUCUUCCAGACCUCUCCUUUCAUAUGAAAAAAAUUCGUUUGGGACCACCAGAAAACAAAGGAUAAAAGUACCAUGUUAGAACAAGGACGGAUUAAAAAUGACCUUUGCUUGAACUGAAACAGAAGCUAUCUGCAUAAGUGACUUAACCCCUCUGUAACUUGGCUUUCUUAUCAUUUACACGAGGGUGCUAACAGUACCCUCACAAGGCUCAAGUGAUGAUUACAUAGGACAAUCCCUUAGUCAAUGUCUUGGUACACUGUAAAGGUUCAGUAAAUGCUGGAAAAUCAUAUUAGCAACUAUUUUAUACCCAUAAUUGUAGCUGGAAGGUUGUAUUGGAUGCUAAAUACCGGCUAGAUUCCAUUCGGUAUUAUAAUUAUUUAUUUGCAUAACAAGCAAAUUAUUGGUGCAAAGCAGCCAUUAUUACUGUAAAAUACUUUAAAAUGCUCCUUUUUAUAGUCCAGGUACGUACUGCGGCACAAAACUAGGAGAAACCAGGAAAUGGAAGUAACGAGUGAGUUUGGAUGCUUCGAUUCUACCCUAGAUGGAGAUGGGUGAGAACAGAGACAAAAGACAUCUUCUUCCAAACAAGAGGUGACCAAACGGGCAACGGAGACCUCCUCCCGGGCAUGCAGAGCGCAGCGAUUCUGUGCCCAGGGAGCCGGAGGGCUGGGGCUGGGAAAUCCCGGCGGAGCCGCGGCAGAGCAGUCGCCCGUGAGCCCCCGCGACUCAGACGCGCUCGGCCUCGCGCUCCGGGGCUGGGACCGCCGAGGGCGAGCUGCAGCCUUCGCCACCCGGUCUGCAGCCGGACUCCACCUCACACAAGCAGCCCGGCAAGGCCCUUUUCCGCCGCUCCCUCACCCAGCGGAGCCUCCUUCCCAGCUUCCUCGGCGGCGGCGCCGUGACGUCACCUCCGGUCUUCAGCGCGCACGUGGGAGGAAGUGCUGGUGCCCUCAGCCGCUGCUCCCGUCUCUUUGGUUACGCUCGUCAGCCCGUCGGCCGCCGCCUACAGCCGUGUGCCGCUAUGGGAGUCCCGGCGUUCUUCCGCUGGCUCAGCCGCAAGUACCCGUCCAUCAUAGUCAACUGCGUGGAAGAGAAGCCAAAAGAAUGCAAUGGUGUAAAGAUUCCAGUUGAUGCCAGUAAACCUAAUCCAAAUGAUGUGGAGUUUGAUAAUCUGUAUUUGGAUAUGAAUGGAAUCAUCCAUCCCUGUACUCAUCCUGAAGACAAACCAGCACCAAAAAAUGAAGAUGAAAUGAUGGUUGCAAUUUUUGAGUACAUUGACAGACUUUUCAGUAUUGUAAGACCAAGACGACUUCUCUACAUGGCAAUAGAUGGAGUGGCACCACGUGCUAAAAUGAACCAGCAGCGUUCAAGGAGGUUCAGGGCAUCAAAAGAAGGAAUGGAAGCAGCAGUCGAGAAGCAGCGAGUCAGGGAAGAAAUAUUGGCAAAAGGUGGCUUUCUUCCUCCAGAAGAAAUAAAAGAAAGAUUUGACAGCAACUGUAUUACACCAGGAACUGAAUUCAUGGACAAUCUUGCUAAAUGCCUUCGCUAUUACGUAGCUGAUCGUUUAAAUAAUGACCCUGGGUGGAAAAAUUUGACAGUUAUUUUAUCUGAUGCUAGUGCUCCUGGUGAAGGAGAACAUAAAAUCAUGGAUUACAUUAGAAGGCAAAGAGCCCAGCCUAACCAUGACCCAAAUACUCAUCAUUGUUUAUGUGGAGCAGAUGCUGAUCUCAUUAUGCUUGGCCUUGCCACACAUGAACCCAACUUUACCAUUAUUAGAGAAGAAUUCAAACCAAACAAGCCCAAACCAUGUGGUCUUUGUAAUCAGUUUGGACAUGAGGUCAAAGAUUGUGAAGGUUUGCCAAGAGAAAAGAAGGGAAAGCAUGAUGAACUUGCCGAUAGUCUUCCUUGUGCAGAAGGAGAGUUUAUCUUCCUUCGGCUUAAUGUUCUUCGUGAGUAUUUGGAAAGAGAACUCACAAUGGCCAGCCUACCGUUCACAUUUGAUGUUGAGAGGAGCAUUGAUGACUGGGUUUUCAUGUGCUUCUUUGUGGGAAAUGACUUCCUCCCUCAUUUGCCGUCAUUAGAGAUUAGGGAAAAUGCAAUUGACCGUUUGGUUAACAUAUACAAAAAUGUGGUACACAAAACUGGGGGUUACCUUACAGAAAGUGGUUAUGUCAAUCUGCAAAGAGUACAGAUGAUCAUGUUAGCAGUUGGUGAAGUUGAGGAUAGCAUUUUUAAAAAGAGAAAGGAUGAUGAGGACAGUUUUAGAAGACGACAGAAAGAAAAAAGAAAGAGAAUGAAGAGAGAUCAACCAGCUUUCACUCCUAGUGGAAUAUUAACUCCUCAUGCCUUGGGUUCAAGAAAUUCACCAGGUUCUCAAGUAGCCAGUAAUCUGAGACAAGCAGCCUAUGAAAUGAGGAUGCAGAAUAACUCUAGUCCUUCGAUAUCUCCUAAUACGAGUUUCACAUCUGAUGGCUCCCCGUCUCCAAUAGGAGGAAUUAAGCGAAAAGCAGAAGACAGUGACAGUGAACCUGAGCCAGAGGAUAACGUCAGGUUAUGGGAAGCUGGCUGGAAGCAGCGGUACUACAAGAACAAAUUUGAUGUGGAUGCAGCUGAUGAGAAAUUCCGUCGGAAAGUUGUGCAGUCAUACGUUGAAGGACUUUGCUGGGUUCUUAGAUAUUAUUACCAGGGCUGUGCUUCCUGGAAGUGGUAUUAUCCAUUUCAUUAUGCACCAUUUGCUUCAGACUUUGAAGGCAUUGCAGACAUGCCAUCUGAUUUUGAGAAGGGUACAAAACCGUUUAAACCACUAGAACAACUUAUGGGAGUUUUUCCAGCUGCAAGUGGUAAUUUUCUACCUCCAUCAUGGCGGAAGCUCAUGAGUGACCCUGAUUCUAGUAUAAUUGACUUCUAUCCUGAAGAUUUUGCUAUUGAUUUGAAUGGGAAGAAAUAUGCUUGGCAAGGUGUUGCUCUCUUGCCAUUCGUGGAUGAGCGAAGGCUACGAGCUGCCCUAGAAGAGGUAUACCCAGACCUCACUCCAGAAGAGACCAGAAGAAACAGCCUUGGAGGUGAUGUCUUAUUUGUGGGGAAACAUCACCCACUUCAUGACUUCAUUUUAGAGCUGUACCAGACAGGUUCCACAGAGCCAGUGGAUGUACCCCCUGAACUAUGUCAUGGGAUUCAAGGAAGGUUUUCUUUGGAUGAAGAAGCCAUUCUUCCAGAUCAAAUAGUGUGUUCUCCUGUUCCUAUGUUAAGGGAUCUGACACAGAACACUGUAGUCAGUAUUAAUUUUAAAGACCCACAGUUUGCUGAAGAUUACAUUUUUAAAGCUGUAAUGCUUCCAGGAGCAAGAAAGCCAGCAGCAGUACUGAAACCUAGUGACUGGGAAAAAUCCAGCAAUGGACGGCAGUGGAAGCCUCAGCUUGGCUUUAACCGUGACCGGAGGCCUGUGCACCUGGAUCAGGCAGCCUUCAGGACUUUGGGCCAUGUUAUGCCAAGAGGCUCAGGAACUGGCAUUUACAGCAAUGCUGCACCACCACCUGCGACUUACCAGGGAAACUUAUAUAGGCCGCUUUUGAGAGGACAAGCCCAGAUUCCAAAACUUAUGUCAAAUAUGAGGCCCCAGGAUUCCUGGCGAGGUCCUCCUCCCCUUUUCCAGCAGCAAAGGUUUGACAGAGGCGUUGGGGCUGAACCUCUGCUCCCAUGGAACCGGAUGCUGCAAACCCAGAAUGCAGCCUUCCAGCCAAACCAGUACCAGAUGCUAGCUGGGCCUUGUGGGUAUCCACCCAGACGAGAUGAUCGUGGAGGGAGACAGGGAUAUCCCAGAGAAGGAAGGAAAUACCCUUUGCCACCACCCUCAGGAAGAUACAAUUGGAAUUAAGCUUUUGUAAAGCUUUCCCAAAUCCUUUCAUCAUUCUACAGUUUUAUGCUAUUUGUGGAAAGAUUUCUUUCUCAAGUAGUAGUUUUUAAUAAAACUACAGUACUUUGUGUAUUUCUUUUAACUGUAUAUUUCUACUGAUCUGAUCUCACUGUUUAUGUUGCUUUCCAAAGAUGUAUGUUGCAUAAUACAGUGGAUCUGAAUUUAUUAUUGCUUAUAAAACACAUUUGAUGGAAUAGGAAUACUGGUUUUUCAUAAUGGUUAAAAAUGAAACCAGCUGUGGAUUUCAAAACACAGUGUAUUCUAGAUCAUGUAAGAUCCAUGCUGAUUUUUAUUGCACAAGAAUUAGGUUUGAACUCUUGAGCUGGAACCCUCAGCAAACUAGAGUAUAUAUUGUUCAGUAUUUCUUUGGAAACAUUUCAUUAAUGUACUUGUCUUACAGAAAUUUCUGGACUUUAGUAAAAAAAAUAAAGUUAAACUUUUAAAACUC